UGUUUUCUUUGUUAUUGCAGCCCUUUUUACGUUGUACCAAAAAAAUAUAUUCCUCAUAAUAAAAAAGAAAUUCUGACUUCUUAUAAAUGGUCUGUCAACGGCCAAACUGUAGAACGUCAUCGCUUGCGGAACAGGAUAUUUGGCUUUCAUUGGUCAAAUCCUCUGUCAAUCACAGUUAAGCCCGCCCCCAAUAUCACCCAAACCAAAGCGGCUAGUCCACAGAAGGGGCGGUACAUGGGCGGUCCGUCCGGACUUUGCUAGCUAGUUACCUGCCAAGAGCAAUGAUGUUUACUGCGAAUACCUCAGAGGGUUUAAUCCAACGACACGGUUUUAGCGAACAAAAUGAACUAAGCUAAAAUUUUAAGACGUUUGGCGCGUUUCAUAUCGCUUUAUGCGAAGCACAUAUUGCGUGAACAGUGAAUACUUGCAUGCUGGGUGUCUGUGUCAGGUCGCUCUCUCCGACAGACAGACCGGGACUGCUGCUGCAGUUGGCCUCUUGGUCCAAGCUGCGAAAGACCUACCUGCUCUGCAGCCUCCAGUCAUGUUUGUUUUAUGAAGAUGGCCGCGACUGGUACCCUGUGAACUAAAUGACUGUCAGAAAUAUUGCCUCCAUUUGUAAUAUGGGCACCAAUGCCUCUGCUCUGGAGAAAGACAUUGGUCCAGAGCAGUUCCCGAUUAACGAACACUACUUUGGAUUGGUCAACUUUGGGAACACGUGUUACUGUAACUCUGUGCUGCAGGCGCUCUAUUUCUGCAGGCCGUUCAGGGAGAGCGUGUUGGCCUACAAGGCGCAGCAGAAGAAGAAGGAGAACCUGCUCACCUGUCUGGCCGACCUCUUCCACAGCAUCGCCACUCAGAAGAAGAAGGUGGGCGUCAUCCCGCCCAAAAAGUUCAUCUCACGCCUGCGGAAGGAAAACGACCUUUUUGAUAACUACAUGCAGCAGGAUGCUCAUGAGUUCCUGAACUACCUGCUGAACACAGUGGCAGACAUCCUGCAGGAAGAGAAGAAACAGGAGAAACAAAACGGCCGGCUGAAGAAUAACGGAACUGCUGUCCCUGCCGAAACCGAGCCGGAGAACAAGGCAGAGUCCACCUGGGUGCAUGACAUCUUCCAGGGCACGCUGACCAAUGAGACACGUUGCCUCAACUGUGAGACGGUCAGCAGUAAAGAUGAGGACUUCUUGGAUUUGUCUGUGGACGUUGAGCAAAACACUUCAAUAACACACUGUCUCAGGGACUUCAGCAACACGGAGACGCUGUGCAGUGAAUAUAAAUACUACUGUGAAACCUGCUGCAGCAAGCAAGAGGCCCAGAAACGUAUGCGUGUGAAGAAGCUGCCUAUGAUCUUGGCUCUGCACCUGAAGCGCUUUAAGUACAUGGAGCAGCUGCACCGCUACACUAAGCUGAGCUACCGUGUGGUCUUCCCUCUCGAGCUGCGGCUCUUCAAUACGUCUGGAGACGCCGUCAACCUAGACCGCAUGUACGACCUCGUCGCUGUGGUGGUGCACUGUGGCAGUGGACCAAACAGAGGACACUACAUAACCAUAGUGAAGAGUCAUGGCUUCUGGCUGCUUUUUGAUGAUGACAUUGUGGAGAAAAUCGAUGCACAGGCAAUAGAGGAGUUCUAUGGUUUAACUUCUGACAUUUCAAAGAACUCUGAGUCAGGCUACAUCCUAUUCUAUCAGUCCAGAGAGUGACAGCAGGAACAGAGGAGAAAGAGGGCGGAAAGUGCAAAGGGGAGAAUGACGAGCAGAGGAAGAAAGGAAGGGGAAAAGUGUAGUUUAGUCACUGACCAUAAACUCUACGUCUCCCAGCUCCCUGUCCCUCCCCCUCUCAGGACCCUUUAUACUGAGACCUGUGCCAAUAGCAUCCGAGCCUGACCUUUGCCAACACUACAUUUCCCAGAAUUCUCCUCUCUCUGUUGUUGCUGCUCUGUGGGGAAACAUCCUCCUGUUAAACUGACCCUCAGUCAGUCCACCUGCAUAUUGAAGGCACUUUAUAAACAAAAGCAUCAACGAAGACAGCAACAAAACACUACAGAAGCAUCAAAGCGACAGCUUAUUCAGCGCUGCUUUUAGAAAGCAUGAAGGAAACGAACCAGUGCAGUGUCUAUGAAGCAGGGGGGCCUGUCUGGAAACUCAACCCUCCACUCCAAGAUCUUGGAACUACAAUGGUCUGUAAAUGGGUAAAACUCAAAACAGGGCCUCUCUGUCCUUUGUUGGAGCUCAUGUUCCAAAUUUUAAGUUCUCUUCUUUGGGUUUUUAUGUGGCACCAAUAUGUGUAAGAACAGAAUGUUUUAAUUUAUUAUUUUAUGUGUCGUAUGUAUAUGUUCUGUUGUUCAAAGCUGAAGGGAAUUUCACAAAGGAAUAUUUACCAUUGAGAUAGCUUAAGCCAAAAGUGAAGAUUGUUCAGUAGGAAUACACCUUAUUACCUCUUAUCCACUUAGACAGACUGAACAAUACUGAGAAAAAAUAGGAAGAUAGUUUAUUUUAGUUUUUUACAAUAAAUAUUGCAACUGCUAUGAAAAAGGAGUUAAAAAUUACCCAAGUAAAUUAAUGGAGCCAAUUAAUUAAUUAACUCUUAACAAUGUAUAGGGUGCAUAAAGAGGGGGAAAUAAGGCAGUACAUUAAUAUGCUUGGGUCCACAAUAUAGAUGAAAUGCUGUAUUGCCGUAAAGAUGUAAAAUUUUACAUCUAAAAAAAAUUAAGAUGUUUGGUGGACCUUGAUUAGGGAUGUAAAUGACCAACUGAUUAACCAACAAGUACAGUUGUUUGACCAGUGCAGUUGGUUAAAAAAAAAACAACAAAAAAAAACAUACAUUUUAUUCAUUUUCAGUGACCAACAGUUCCUGUUUGAAUUGAAUGAGAAAGGUUUAGGAAUGUUUUCAAAUUGUUCUGCUAGACAUGCCUAUUAGCUUGGAAAGUGGUGGUCAGGACCACAUUUUGGAGGGGGUGAUGGCACAACUACUGUGCUGUACUGUAUCAAAAGCUUCCUCAGGUGAUGAUAGACGUGUUUCAUGCAGAUUUCACUUGAUGUGGACGCUCAUAUCUGAACGUAUGUAUUUCACAAUGGCUUUGAACAUUGCUCAGCCAAUCAGAUUUCAGAACAGGAAUUAUCUGUUUUAUGAUAAAUAUUUUGAUGAGUUGCCAGUUGGGAUUUUAGGCUUGCCGAUUAACGAUUAAUCACUGAAUAUGGUGAUCAUUUAUCUGUCAAAAGAAUUUACAUCCCUCGGCUCGGUUUAUCCAAACACCCAACAAACAUCUUUAAUUGAUCAGGAUGUUCCCAGCACACAGUAGAGUUCUACGAUAUCAGUAUUGCAAAGCUAAAUGAAUAAUUAUUAAUGAACAAUAUGCUGUGAAGCCCUAGUAGACAGUCUUCACUUUCGGUUUUCUCAGUUGCAAAAUCCUACUUUGUGAAAUGCACCUCUGUUCGGUUCCUUAACCUUGUGAUCUCCCAAAGCAGUCUAAUUACCACAGUCUACUUCAGACUGGUUUGUAGCCACUCUGUACUGUAGGUGUUGUGUUGCUCUUCACUUUGAGGUACAGAAUAAGUGUGAUUAGUGAGUAUGGUGUGAUUUCUACACACUACAUGAAAGUGUGAAUGUGUUUUGUUGACUGUUAUGCACUACAAUGACAAGUAAAAGUAUGUCUGUGUGUGUGUGUGUGUGUGUGUGUGUGUGUGUGUGUGUGUGUGUGUGUGUGUGUGCACGUAGGUGGGUGUGUGGUCGCAAUAAGUUAAAUUAGCGUACUAGGAAUUAACCCAAAAACAGUCAAUACCUUUAGCCAGUCUUUACCACUUUUAAACAGCAGGGCCAAUCAGGUCUUAUUGGACCUAGCUCAUAUUUUACUGAUAUUAAGCCCUGAUUGACCCUUCUGAAGAAAAGUGGACUAAUGCCUGCACCUAGUCCUUAGCUGAAGGCGUAUGGCGCUCACCAGACCAUGCAGAUGCUUAGAAAUGACUGGAGCAGACUCGUUUGAGGUCCGCACGGCCCUUCUUGCCUUACAUCAGUGGUCAACUGUACAAGGUAGAAAAACCUGCAUCCUUUUGAAGUUACUGUUAAACUCAAAAUGAUCCUCCUACACAGCCAAGACUCAAGGCUGAAGCUUGUUUCUCUCACUUUAUCUUGCCUUUUCCUUACGUAACACUGUUGUUACCUAACUGCCAUUGAAGACCACUGGCUGUAUUUUGCAGGGCUGUUGCUAGCCACUCCAGAGUGCGAUGUAAAACUGGUUAAAUGCAGUUUAGUCACAAUCUUUUGGUAUAAUUUGAAGUCUCAUCCUGCUGGUUUAAACCUGCAUAAAGAUGAAUCAUUCUGACUAGGCUCUGCUUUCUUCCUGGGCUUGUAUGCAUUAAGAGGCUCAGGAAAAGAGUACCAAUCCGCUUUUGUCUAUAUUGGGUUUCCCAGAGAUAUGAAAGGCAAAAGCUAAUGAAAGAAUGCUCUACUGCAGGUUGAGGAGUUACCCAGCCCUGUGUUUUAGUGCAUCCCCUGUUCCCAACACACCUGAUGCAAUAAUAAGCUCAUUAACAAGCACUUCGCCAUGUCAAGAGGGUGUGUUGGGAGCAGGGAUGAUAAUGAAGGGUGGUAUUCCAGGACCAGAGUUGGGACCCCGUGUCCUGCUGUGUUCUUCAUGUAGUCUGGCACGUGUAACCCUGGAUCUCCGUUUUAGUCUAGAAGUUUUACAUUUACUACUUGAAGGGGAAUUCCCCCCUUUUUUAUGGCUGAGAUGUAAGCAAAGACAUUUAGAGCGGUUUGAUGUGAAAGAGUUGACUGCAGAGAAAGCUACUGGCUCACAAUUUCUAUACAGUGGUGGUGAUGGGAACCAGGGGUCACAAUGUCAUACAGCUAGUGAACUUACACAUAUCUUCUGCAUUUUUAUAUUUAAUGCUAAUGGUAAAAUAGUGAUAAACCUAAAAAAAGAAGUUUUCCUUAGUGACUAUUUUGCCUUACCGUCUCUUCCAUGAACGAAUGGAAAAGAAAUAGGUUUUAGGCCAAAAGCUCGUCUCAACGCUUGCAAUGUCUCAGGCUUCAGGCAGCGUGUUCAUAAACAUUUCUUAUAAUAACUUUGUAAUGUAGCUUUAGAGAAAUGAAAUUGUUCAGACGUCUGGUUCCCAUCACCACCACUCUGGACAAUUCACAUCACACCACUCUGAAGGACUUUGUUUACAUCUUAACUGUUUAAUUAUGCAGACUUGCUGAGAAAUCGAUGGAAGUACUUUCACAACUUUUGGCAUUCAUAACUAUUUCACUCAUAUGACGUUUCCUCUGCUUCAAGCAUUCUUAGCAUUGGUACUGUCUAUAGAAGGUAUGAGAGGUACCUUUAUAUGCGAACAUAGUUUUUUUUUUUGUCUUACUGUGAUGGCAGUGAUUAUGAAUAUGGUUUUAAAAGACAGCUUCCAGAGCCAGUAACAAGAUGGCUGCCGCCGGCCCUGUAAAGGGGUUAAUAAAGCGUUAUUAAUAGGAAAGCUAAGAACAAGCGCACAAUAUAUUCCUUUGAAAAUGUGAAGGGCAUUUGUCAAAGAGGGCUAUCACUACUCAUCAUGUGUGUGUGAGGACAGUCUCUAGGCUCAGAGAGAGGGAUGCAGAGAAAAACAGAAGGCCUCGUUGAUUGAGGCCUAAAAUGGACAUUACCAUAAAGCAGACUGUCUCUUGCAUAAGCUAAUAAAUGAAGGGCUGAGAUGGACUGAGUUUAGUAAGGUAGUUUAUAGGGAAAAGAUAAACAUUCCAUGUGAUUUUGAUACUGCGCUACAUAGAUUCUCACGUUUUUUGUUAAAUCAAGUUCAUAAUGGAGAAGCACUACCAAGACUUGCGGUGGUGUUUAUGAUUCCUUAUUUGUGGCUUGAACCAUGGUGUGUGUGUGUGUGUGUGUGUGUGCGCGCGCACUGAGCAUGAUGUCAGAGAGGGCUUUGCAUUGCGAUACACUCAGUCAGUUUGUACACAUCAAACCGUGCUUCUUUGUUUGCACCAUAGCACAAUCACCAUACUUUACAAUGUGGAUCUGUUGUGUUUUUGGACCUUCUCUAGUGGUUAAAGGUACAGUUUUUCAGUGAAAUCUUUCCAUAGAACUUAUUCAUAAGUAACUCGUAGCUGUCCAAAAAAAAAAAAAGCAUAUCGGAUCUUUUUUUUUUUCUUUUCAGUUUUGUAUUUCUACAGCAUUUGAAUCCAGGAGCUGUUCUUAACAUUAUGUGCACCAACAGAAAUGCUCCAAAAUGACCUGGAAUGAAUUCUCUUUACAUUUAAUAUACUUUAAAGGUUAGGAAUGUUUUUCCUUUCUCUGUAAACUUACUUGUUCUUUUUUUUUGGACAGUGAUAUUGAUAUGGCGUGAGGGCAAUAAAUUGUCUUUUUGUGUAGAUAGAACUCAUAGCAGCAUGGCAGCUGGGGAAAAAAAACCAUAGAUGAAGAUACAGUGGAGAGACAUCACCAGAGGAUACUUUUCCAGAAAUGGCAAAAAUGUCAGACUUGUGAAAAUAUUACUCAUUGUAAUUGUUGAACCCAUGGAGGAGAGAGUGUGCUUUUCAAGCUGCUGGGUAGAUUUAUGCCACCAGGAUAGCAGCUGGCAGCUCAGUGCUAGGUCAAACUGUUGGAGGACAUGGUGGUUCAGUUUUUGCUAGGAGCCACGUACGUGCUCCACAGCUCUUUGGGCUCUGUUUUCUUCUGGGCAAGGCACUUAACCUCACAUUGCUUCAGGGGGACAGCCCUUAUCAUCCCAUUCCUCUUUCCUUUGGAAUUAAAUAGGUUCUCAGUGUACUUUCUUCUGGUGGAACUCUCCCUCCAGGCACCCCAAGCUGUGACCCACUUGAUGCUUUGAGUAGAGUUUUAUCUAUAAGGAUCCACCUAAACGCCCCUCCUUUUACACACAGGUUAAGAUUCCCUUGUUGGUUUGUUGCCCGUUUUUCAUCAGACAAACGUUCUAGUGUUUGUCUGUUUGUUUGUUUGUUUAUUUUUUCUUACCUCAUAACUGAUACAAUACAGUUUGGAAGUUUUCAGGAAUAUAAAACCAGAUUGUGUAGAACAUUUCAAAUGCUUGGGAAAUGUUUCCUCUUUGUACCAGGGUUAAAACAAUUAGGUCUCAAAAAAUUAAUAAGAAGUAUGUAACGGUGUAAAGUUUAACAUGUUAAUGAAGCACCGGUAACACAUUUUCUUUUCUCCCAAUUUAGUCCAAUUUCACCCACUAGCUAGGUGUCCUAUAAAGAUGCUGCCAGCACUAGAAGGAAGAUGGCUAGUAUAUCGAUGUCGGAAGAAAACCUCCUGUCGUCAUUUUUGACAUUUUUUUUAGUUUUUGGCAUAAUUUGAAAAUACCUGUUACAGUGUCUGUUAAUUUCAUGAUGAAUGGACUAAGAGUAACAGCCCAAAACUACUUGAAAAAAAUUCUGGUUCCAUUGACUUACAUUAAAAGUAAAGUAGGUUUUUCCCUGCUCCCUGCUCUUCCCUGUUACUAUUUUGGAGAUACGAGUUUUUUUUCCAACAACAGCCACAUACUUCCUCAGAGUCAUGUGAAGCCAGCAACCGCAUCUUUUUUUAACUGAUGCUAAUGCAACGUCAUUUAAUAGCUGAACACAAUUGGAGGAGAGUACUUUCUGCUACACUCCUGCACUGGCUGGCAUCGCACUGCUAGUAUCACCAGUGAUUAAACUUGUAAUCUGAUUGCUGAUUUCUGAUUGAAGGAAAACACUUAUUUUCUUAGUUUGGCCUACCAUCCAUUCAUAGAUGAAGCCUGAAGCCCAGUGGCUCCCAUGCUGUUGUUACGACUCCUAACUGUAAUCCUCUUGUUCAAAUAUUGCUUUUAAUGGCUUUAAAGAGAAAUAUAAACAGAAAAAAACAGAGAAAUGAUAAACAGAUGAUAGACCAUUCUAACAUAACUGAGAAAGUUGUAGCAUCAGGGAAAAAAAAAAUCAAAUGAAAAUAGUCAAAUGAAUAUCCAGAUUUCCUCGUAUUUUAAAAGUGGUGACCACAUCUCAAGGCAGAACACGACCAGAAAAAAGAAGCCUGGUCAAAUGAGAUGUAUUGUUGGUUUUCUAUGUGAAAAGAAGUACACAUCCAGUACAGGGAACACACUUUAAUCAACAUUUACUGUUUAUUUACUGAAUUUAACAUAUUGGGAAAGAUGAAAUGCGUUGCCUGUGCAGAGGUUAUGGCACCCUUAAUAUUUCAUUUUCCAGUGUGCAGUUAAAUUGUGUGUUAAAUGUUCAUGGUUGUUCCCUUAAGAUUUACAUAUUAACUUUUUUUUCCCAUUUAAAAUAAUCAACAAAACAUCAUUUGACCAGGGAUGUUUGUAUUUUAGCAUACAAACUAUAUUAAACUUUUUGUUGUUCCUGAAAUGCUUGAAAUGUUUAUAAGAAGUCAAUCUAGUGAUCAUGACGAGAUUCUAAACUUUUGAAUGGUAAUAAAGGUACUUUCCAUUUAUUUUUGAACAUGUUACUACACUAUAGAUUUAUUAUCACUGUGUAUUAGCAGAGGCUUUAGCUCGACUAUGCAGAAAUUACGUUCGCAAGGCAGAGACGUCCUUCAGCGCUUUUAUUUGCCUGCUACAAAAUAGCCUUCUGUUUAACACAUCCCAAAGGAGGGAAGCAGAAGUUGAGCAUAUUUGUGCAUCUGUGAGAGUGUGAAUAAGCGAGCGUGUGCGUCCGUGUGAGUGUGAAAGAAAGCGGUGUGUGGUGUACAUAGUUCCGUGUGAUACCUUCUCUUAACGGUACUGAAAUCUCCUUUACUGUAGCUGUGAACAUGUGCCGUUUCUCCACCUUACUGGUCAAACAUAACUUUGAUUUUGUGCCAAAUCCCUGCAUACAUGCACACACACACACACACACACAGACACACCUCUCUCUAAAACUGGAACACAGAAAAAAAAACCCAAGGAAAAAAAAACUGUUUUAUUUGUGUGGGAUGCAACUGUACAUAAAGAUAUGUAGAAUGUCUGAUAGUAAGAAAAUAAAUAUAUUUUUAAACCUAAGAGGAGCUGGAAUUCUAAAGGCUGUAAAAAGGAUUUAUUCUGUAGAUUGGACGGUGGUGUCUUACAAAUAAAUGAUGAAUUGAA